AUGGAUCAACACGACGACUUCGACAGCGUCUCCUGGAAGCAUGAUCCUGACAGCGACGUCUCUCGGCCCACAACCUCUGACACUGAUGCAGAGGAACCACAUGGAUUUGAUCAUGAUGCCAAUGGCAAGCGAAGGAUGAGCUCCGCCAACGAAGAGCCCCAGGCCGGCUCGCUGGCCGACGCCGUCGACCUGGCAGGUAUCGGGGACGGGGUCCUCGAGUGCCGGGUCGACUCACCCCUCAAGGAGAACGAUGGAACGAAAGAUGCAUAUGUCUCGUAUCUGGUUACUACGCAUACCGAUUUCAAGUCAUUUCAGAAGCCCGAUUUUAAUGUGCGGCGGCGAUUCACCGACUUCUAUUUCCUAUACAAGACUCUCUACCGCGAAUACCCAGCAUGCGCGGUGCCGCCGCUGCCAGACAAGCACAAGAUGGAAUACGUGCGGGGAGACCGGUUCGGGCCGGAGUUUACAACACGACGAGCAUGGUCGCUGCAUCGGUUUCUGAAGCGGCUGUCGCUGCACCCGGUGCUUCGGCGCGCGCCGUUGCUCACUAUCUUCUUGGAGUCGGCCGACUGGAACGCACAUAUGCGACUGCACUCAUCGCGCGGGUCGACAAGUACCACUUCGGAAGCGGCGGGGGCAUCGGGGAUCUUCGAUAAUUUUACCGAUACAUUUGUCAAUGCGUUUACUAAAGUGCACAAGCCAGACCGCCGGUUUAUCGAAGUGCGAGAGAAGGCAGAUAAACUGGAUGAAGAUCUGUCGCAUGUGGAGAAGACUGUGGCACGGGUUGCGCGGCGCGAAUCAGAUCUCGAGACGGACUACACGGAGCUCGCGACACAGUUUCGUAAGCUCGUUCCGUUGGAACCGGCCGUCGAGAUGCCAUUACAAGUGUUCGCGGCGUCGGUGGAGGAGACCGCACGAGGCGUGCGCGAUUUGAAAGAUCACACGGACCAAAACUACCUGGGUUCACUGCGGGACAUGGAGGCGUAUAUUCUGUCACUGAAGACGCUCCUCAAGACCCGUGAACAAAAGCAGCUCGAUUUCGAGGCCCUGGUCGACUACCGCAAUAAGGCCGUAGCCGAGCGUGACACUCUCGCCGCGAACCCUGCCGCUUAUUAUGCCUCUAAUCCACUCACCUCCUCCCCGGCCUCCUUCAUCCGCUCGAAAAUGGAAGACAUGCGCGGUGUCGACCAUGAGCAAUCGCGCCGCGAGCGUGUCCGGAAGCUCGAGCUCCGCAUCGACGAACUCACACGAGAGGUCGAAUCAGCCAAAAUCACUUCGGAGAUGUUUGACGAGGAAGUCGUACGCGAGGUAGCGGACUUCGAACGUAUCAAGGCCGUCGAGUUCCGCGACUCUCUCGGUUCUCUCGCUGAGUCUCAUAUCGAAUUCUACCAGGGCGUUCUCUCCACAUGGGAGCGAUUUGUCGCCGAGAUGGAGGGCGAGUCGGACGUUGGCCGCGAGUCUGACUCGGUGGCUGCAGGCGCACGAUAG